AUGGAGCAGUGCAGUGCCAUGUUCCUGGACAUGUGGACCAUCGAAGCAGUCAUGGAGAACAUCAGGGCUGUGGACCCCUCCAGAGGGGCCGAGGAGAACAGCCAUGCAUGUCGCUGUCUGCAGGGCCCUCCUGCAGGGGGAUCUGGCCUUGCUGCUGAUCACAGGGCUUGCAGCAGCUGGAUUGGGAGCAGCAGGGGACACAGCAGCUGCACUGGGAGCAGCAGGGUUUGCAGCAGCUCGACUGGGAGCAGCAGGGGACACAGCAGCUGGACUGGGAGCAGCAGGGCUUGCAGCAGCUGGACUGGGAGCAGCAGGGGACACAGCAGCUGGACUGGGAGCAGGAUGACCCACAGCCUGAAGAGCAGCAACAGGGUUUGCAACAGCUGGACUGGGAGCAGCCACAGGAGCCACAGCCCCCCUUGGAGCAGCCACAGGAGCCACAGCCCCCCUUGGAGCUCCCACACGAGCCACAGCCCCCCUUGGAACCCCCACAGGAGCCACAGCUGGAGCAGGAACAGGCUGGCACACAGCAGCACACGGGCUUGCAGCAGCAGACGGGCACACAGCAGCCCCCACAGCCGGAGCCACAGCCCCCACAGCUGGAGCCGCAGCCCCCACAGCUGGAGCCGCAGCCCCCACAGCCGGAGCCACAGCCCCCACAGCUGGAGCCACAGCCCCCGGAACAGCCACAGCAGCUCAUGGUUCUGGUGGGUUGAGGGUGGAUCAGUGUGGGCAGCGGCCGGAGUUUUCCUGGGAAUCAGGAUCGGUCACUGCAGUCAGUACAAAGCCUCCCGGCUGCCUGUUGACUCCGAGGCAUGA